CAGCUAGACAUGGCGGCGGAUCCUAAGCCGGACUGGCUCUCCUGCCUCCCCUCUUCUUGGAGUUAUGGCGUAACUCGGGAUGGACGCAUAUUCUUCAUCAACGAAGAAGCAAAGAGCACAACCUGGUUGCAUCCUGUUACCGGAGAGGCUGUAAUCACGGGGCACAGGACAACUCCAGAUUUACCAACAGGAUGGGAGGAAGGAUACACAUUUGAGGGCGCUCGCUGCUUCAUCAAUCACAAUGAGAGAAAGGUGACCUGUAAGCACCCGGUGUCAGGCGUCCCCUCCCAAGACAACUGCAUCUUUGUCGUAAAUGAACAGCCGGCUCCUCAGGCUUCGUCAGAGCAGAGCAGCAGCAGUGACAAGAAGGAGCGGCCCAUGAGCACCAUGAGCGAGGCGUCAAACUACACGGGUGGCUCCGACUACAGCACCUUCCCUGGCAGCCCGGCCACCACUGUCACUACUGCCACCACCACCACCUCAACUUCAUCCACACGGCCAUCUAGAUGUUCCAAAAAAAUUCACAACUUUGGGAAGAGAUCAAACUCCAUCAAGAGGAACCCCAAUGCCCCGAUGGUCAGGAGCAACUGGCUUUACAAACAGGACAGCACAGGCAUGAAACUCUGGAAGAAGAGGUGGUUCGUUCUGUCUGACAUGUGUCUCUUCUACUACCGCGACGACAAAGAGGAUAACAUCCUGGGAAGCAUCCUGCUGCCAAGCUUUCACAUCUCCAUGUUGUCAGUGGAUGACCACAUCAGCAGGAAAUACGCCUUCAAGGCCACUCACCCCAACAUGCGGACGUAUUAUUUCUGCACUGACACGGCCAAAGAGAUGGAGUCCUGGAUGAAAGUCAUGACGGAUGCUGCUCUAGUCCACACUGAACCAGUCAGAAGACUGGACAAGUUAAAAGUGGAUCAGCGAACACCUCAGGAGUUGAACAACUUACUAAACCACAGAGUCCUAACCCGGCCCGAGAUCCAGAACAAUGAGCGCAACCGUGAGCCUAUGCGACAACACUCCUUACCUCGAGUCAAUGACAAACGGCAAAAAGACCCAGAGAAACAUGCCGACCAAAGAGAGCGUGAGUACUACACCUUACAGAGAGACGGCGAAAGGUACUCCCUAAAGAAAGACGGCGUGAGCUACAUGCUUCAGACGGAUGGAGAUAGGUAUCUCCUCCACAAAGACGGAGAAAGGUACAUGCUGCGAAAAGACGGGGGGAAAUCCUUUCUGCAGAAAGAAGGAGAGGCGUACGCAAUCCACAAGGAUCUAGAGAAGUAUGCUGUUCAGAACGUGGACGGAAAGUGCAGUGUGACGCCAACAGAGGAGAAAUACGCUCCAACUAAAGAUGGAGAGAAGUACCUGCUGAAGAAGGGUGGAGAAAAAUAUGCACUGCAAACAAUAGGAGACAGGCACACACUCCAGAAUGAAGCACAUAAAUACAUUCCCCAGAAAGAGGUGAAGAGACAGCUGUCAUUAAAGGAGACGGAGCGGUACGGCAUAAUGAGGGAGACAGACAAUAAAUAUGGUACCAUACAAGUUGUGGAUAAAUACGGCACUCUAAGGGCAGUGAAGAAAUACAGUACACUCCGAGAAGGGGAUAAAUAUGCUACCCUCAGAGAUGCAGGGAAGUAUGCUACAGUUCGUGGGGAGAAGUAUGGCUUCCAGAGAGACCCGAGUGCAGAGAGGUCUCUGACUAAAAUCAGCAGUAUCAAGCUGCAGCCAGCUCAGGCCGCCGCUAUCGCCGCCGCAGUGUCGGCAUCUCGCCAGGGCCAGGCCAACCUCAAUGUCCAAAGUCCUGCACAGGUCAACGGCUCGGGGUCCACGGCGGGUGACUGCAGCCCGGCAGAGGUGGACAGCAGUCUGGCUUUGGGUCCAGGAAAGUCCCCUGCUUCAGUCCAGGAGCCAGAGAGAGGCCUGUCCAGAACUAACUCCAUGCAGCAGCUGGAACACUGGGUCCGCACACACAGGACAAGAGGACUGGACGAUGACGCCAGGAGUGUAACGUCCUACCAGACCUUACCCAGGAACAUGCCCAGCCACCGUGCUCAGAUCGUGCCCCGUUAUCCAGAGGGAUAUCGCACGCUGCCCCGCAACAGUAUGAUGAGGCCCGACAGCAUCUGCAGCGUGGCGGGCUCUAUGUACGACCGGGCUCUCUGUCCCGCCUCCACCUCCACCAUCACCACAGCGGAGAAGAGGAAGUCGAUGAGGGACGACACCAUGUGGCAGCUCUACGAGUGGCAGCAGAGGCAGGCCUUUUCAAGGCAAAAUCUGGCUCAGCCAACAGCUGUGGGACAUUAUGGUACCCUGCCCAGCACAAAGACCAUGGGUAACAUAUCUGAACACGCCGUGGCACACUCCAUCCCCAGCUCGCCAUCUCACGGCUCCCUGGCUCUCUACAGCACCUUCUCCCCUCCUCGCCAGCAGGUCGCUCACAACCCCAACAGCUCCCGCUCCGAGGUGUCUUCUCCCAUCUUCAGGGGGGACGUGACGCAGGACCACUGGCUCAGGACGCAACUCACUAAGUCUCAUCCCCCUCCCCCACAGUACAGCUACCAACCUGACCGACGAUCCAUCGCAAUCGGGGUCCCUCCACAGUCCAUCACCCCACAGUCCCUGCAAGGCAAGAUGCCCGAGGAGCUGACUCUGCUCCUGAUCAAGCUCCGCCGGCAGCAGGCGGAGCUCACCAGCCUCCGGGAACACACAGUAGCUCAGCUCAUGGCCCUGGGUUUGGAGGGGCCCAACGCUAAGACCAGUCCAGAUGACUUCAAAGACAGCUCCUUCAUUCAGUGCACAGAGGAGCCUGACAUAGACACUAAGCUGAGCAGACUGUGUGAGCAGGACCAGGCAGUGAGGAUGCAGGAGGAGAAACUGCAGCAGCUACACAGAGAGAAGCACACUCUUGAGACGGCCCUGCUGUCUGCCAGUCAGGAGCUGAGUGAACAGAGCAGCUCCAAUGCUGCAGCCACACAGAGUCUGGUCCAGCAGAGAGACGUGCUGCAGAACGGCCUACUCAGCACCUGCAGAGAGCUGUCCAGAGUCUCCACUGAGUUGGAGCGUUCCUGGAGGGAGUACGACAGGAUGGGGGCAGAUGUCACUCUGGCCAAGUCCAACCUGCUGGAGCAGCUGGAGGCCCUGGGCAGCCCACAGACAGAACCUCCUAGCCAGCGGCACAUCCAGAUCCAGAAGGAGCUUUGGAGGAUCCAGGACGUGAUGGAGGCUCUGGACAAAAAUAAGCCACAGCGGAGCACAGACAGCAGUUUACCUGGCUCCAAACCGCUCUCCAGUCUACAGAAGAAUGAGGAGGGCGACAGCGUGCCCCCCCGCCCGCCCCUCCCCCAGUACUACGACUCAUCAGAGCGCCCCCCUCACGUGCCCCCCCACCAAUCACACCCCGGCGGCCGCCUGCCCCCCCACAUGCACCGCCCCGAGGAUCGCAAGGCCGGUGCCAGGAACGGAGUGCACAGCCAAGCUCCAGACUACCGGCUGUAUAAGAGCGAGCCUGAGCUGACCACGGUGAAGGAGGAAGGAGAUGAGGCCAACAGUGAAGACAAGGACAAGCCAGAGAGCUCUGCUGAGAGUAAGGACACUUCAGCUUCAAAAGUGCCUCUCUACCCAGUGGGCAUAAUUUCUCCGAGGACCAAAUCUCCCAUGAGCCCCCCAGAGUCCUCCACCAUUGCCUCCUAUGUCACCCUGAGGAAGACCAAGAAGCCUGAAUCCAGAUCUGACCGACCGAGGAGUGCAGUGGAUCAGACAGGGUUUGGGGAGAGAGAGGUGGGUAGAACGAGAAUGAGUGUGGAGGAGCAGUUGGAGAGGAUAAGGAGGAACCAGCAGGCCUCCUCGCUCCGAGAGAAGAAGAGAGAAACCCCAUCCCGCUCGCCCUCCUUUAGCAAAGACAACCCUUUAAAUAUCCACCAGAGCCGGGUCCAGGCAGAGGGGGCCUGUGCAGACCCUGUGGAGCUGGAGGCAGCUCUGCAGCAGCUGGAGGUGGCUCACAUGGAGCAGAACAGGGCGGCUGCUGAGGCUGUAGAGACUCACACAGAACGUGCACCUCAGGAGGUGCAGAGAGUGGAGGAGGUGCAGCGUGAAAGGGACGUGACCCUGCAGAGUGUGAGGGAGCCGCAGGCUGAAGCCAACAGCACAGACCAUGAGCUGUGUGAAAGCCAGAGGGUGGUGAUUCUGGACCUGGGCACACAGCCUCAGCAUGUGGAGAUUAUAAACCUUCAGCCUUUUGAGGAUGAAGAAAGCAGAGAGCAAGAUCUGACCAGCUCGCCCACAAACACCACCACUGAAAACAGCUUCCGGACUCCAGAGCCCGAAACACCAAGCCCAGAGCCAAGGGACGAGGAACCAGACGCAACGCAACAAACCACCAGAGAGGAGAGGCUGGAUUCUUCCAACCAGCUGACCACAGACGACAAGAAAACUAACAACAACAACAACAACAUGUUGGCUUCACAGACAUUCACCCUGGUGAGCAGUGACACGUGAGCGACGCCAGCCUCGACAUCCACACUGGCAUCCCGUAAAGCCUAAAUGUAGCCUGCCUGCACAGAGCAUGGGCCACGGCUUUCUGCCUUUACAACAGGACUACUUUGAUACUACUGGUACAUGCCCACAAAGAGACUGAGACUGAGAGGAUGACAGCCCUGCUAACGGACUCCACACAGAAGGGCCGUCAUCACUUCCAGACAGAAAGAAAGGCAGAUUAACUUUAACUUUAGCACCUGCUAGAUCUUUCCAUACUGAUAUGUCCCUGAGCAAAACACUAAUUCUAUGGAGUCAAAUUUGGUAGUUGUCUGUUGCACUGGUCAUCUUAUCAGAAAAGCUCAACUUCUUUAAAAAAAGAUUGUUUUUAACAUUUGUAUUAUCUGUUUGUCCUGUAGAGGGGGUCACUAAUCUUUCUGAGACUGAGAGCUACUUGAAGGGUAGGGAGCGAGAUGGAGGGCUCUUUUUCACAUUUGUCAAUGUGUUUCCACCGUGGCAUUUUUGCCAGCUGAACAUGCCAUCCGCUCUUCUCACAAUCCCCAGCUGGGAGCGUUUCAGAAGCAAGAGUUUUUUCAACUGAGGGCUUUGGUUGCAUCUGGUUGAGGUAAAAAUGUCAGCACAAGGUAGAGCACUUGCUCUGGAUGAAGGGAAGGCUGAAGAACGUAUGGGAGAGAAGACAAGAUGUUGUGGGUGAGGAAACAUCUAGUAUAGUAUAGAUAUAUAAUAUUGAGUACCCUUGCUUGGUUGAAACACUGAAGUUGUAAUGAGCCCGGUACACAAAAACCACAGACAUACGUUAGUGGUAUUUGCCCCGCCUUUCCUCCUCUGUUUGGAUGGUUUGGUCAAGUGACAGGGAAUUGUAUCCAAAAGGUAAAAGGUUUGUAUCUAUCAAUUGGGCAAAGAAAAAAAAAAGAAUAGAUCAUCCCGUCAGUGGAAACGAUUUGACUGAAACACUUUAGUGGCGACUUUUUUAAAUGAUUGGCUCCCCACGGGCAUAGCAGCUGGAUUGAUUCAAAUAGCUGUGGCAGACAAGCGUGAGAUGGACAAUUGGAAAACACGUCUAAAUACCAGUGAGAACACAUUUAAAGCUCCAGCAACCCAGGUCCAAACUUACAUUCCCAUCCAGAAAGGGAUACAUACUCUGUGUCUGUGCGCAUACAUUUCUUACUGGAACAAUUCACACCAAUGCCUCACCACAACACUGCAUUUCAAUCGUGACACGAUUAAUUGUACAAAUAGAGAUUACACUUUUUUUUUUUAAAGUGAAGUGUUAGUUUUCUGUUUUUCUUUCUUUCCCUUCUUGUGUUGUUGUUGAUUGGCCAUACUUUUAUUGCUAUAAAGAUACAAAAUCAAACCUUUUCAUAAUCGUGACUGUAUGUACGACUUAUUUUGGGGGUAAUAAAGCUCCAUAGAUUUGUGUUGCCAACCACAUACACACAUUCAUACACAGAACAUUUGAUACCUUACUAAGUAUUAGUCAUCUUAACAUAAUAAUUCUUAGACUAUUGUACUGAUCUGGAGGAGGGGAUAUUUGUACUGUUUCCGAGUUGUUGGAGGUGAGUGUACAGCUUGAGAAGUCUCACCGCAGAUGGGCUAAGCACCCAAUCUCAACACACAUGCAAUUCAAUUCAAUUUCAAUUCAGUUUAUUUUGUAUAGCCCGAUAUCACAAAUUACAAAUUUGCCUCAGAGGGCUUUACAAUGCAGUGCUUUACUUUAACUCCAAAGUGACCACAGAUGCUCUUGGAUUUUAACCUGCUCUGAUUUUGAUUAUUUGAGUCAUUUGAGACUCCCUUAUCACUAUAUUUUCAUUUUGCACCUGCAACAUAACAUAUUGUCCUUCAUUGGAUAUACACAUAUAAAUAUAUAAAAAGUACAUAUAUGAACAUAAAGCAGAUUUUUACUUUUACAACAAGGUGCCACUUCAUGCUGCUGAUUUUUUUGGACAGAGAUAAGUAUUUAGCAGAAGUUGUGAUUAUUAAUGAAGGCCGUCUGAAUCUCCUGAAGUCUGUUGACGACACAUACAGUAUGUGAAUGUCUUGGAUUUCCAGUCUGCUUUUUCCGUUAUGUCUCUUACUGUUUUUCUCUUUCAUUACUUAUAUACAUGACACAGAUCAGAUAUUUUGCGUUUGAUUCUGUCAUAGGUGGUGAAGAAUUGGGGAAUAGCACAUGUAAGAAGCAAUAAGUUGGACUAUGGAGCUCCAGGACAUAAAAUAAAUUUAAAAUAGAUGUAUAAAAUGUAAAAAAAAAAAAUUACAAUAAAACAAGAUAGCAUAAUUUAUCUACACACUAAAAAGAAGAAGAGUGAAUAUUAUAACUAUAAGAGGUAUUAAUAUUAUUAGGGUCAAUAUGCAAAAGGUUCAU